AUGCCCGACCGCGCUACCGGUACCAGGAGCUUCAACGAGCUCAUUGACGGGAUAAAGAACUUUGCCACAACAAAACAGCCAUCGGGCAAAGCAAGCAGUUCAGGCAAGAAAGGCAAAGGAAAGCGACAGGCCGACACCUGCGACAUUCCGGACAAAAGCAAACCCAACGCCAAUAACCCUAGCAACGGGUCCGGCACCAGUGGUGGUGCCAGCGGCGGAACUGUGGCCGGAGGAGCAGUUGCUGGUGGAGCUGCUGCUGGUGGAGCUGCUGCUGGUGGAGCUGUUGUCGGCGGUGCUGCAGCUGGAGGUGCCACGGUUGGUGGCGCCGCUGCAGCCGGUGGAGCUGCCGCUGGCGGAGCUGCUGUUGUUGGAGGAGCGGGAGCUGCAGCCGGUGGCGCCAUUGUCGGCGGUGCUGGCUCGAUCAUCGGCGGUGGCGACGACAACAGUGAUGGUGGUAGCUCUGGUGGCAGCUCUGGUGGCAGCUCUGGUGGCAGCUCUGGCGGCAGCUCUGGUGGCAGCUCUGGCGGCAGCUCUGGUGGCAGCUCUGGUGGCAGCUCUGGUGGCAGCUCUGGUGACAGCUCUGGUGGCGACUCUGGUGGCAGCUCUGGUGGCGACCCUAGUGGUAGCUCUGGCAGCGGGGACUCGGGGGCAAGCAGCGGAAGCAGCAAUGCGACGCCCGACUCUCCGUCACCAGAGGCCCCCACCAGUGAGAGUGUGGCGACCACCCAACCGACCACUACCACUCUGAGCGAGCCGAGUCCCACGACGACCGAGGAGCCGCAGGUGAGCACCACGUCGGCGCCUGAGUCGGAUUCCGCCACAACCCAAGCGUCUUCCUCCGAAUGGGUCGAGCCGUCCACCACCUCCCAGUGGGUCGAGCCGUCUACCACCUCCCAGUGGGUCGAACCGUCUACCACCUCCUAG